CAUCCCCAUCCCAGAACUCAACCAUGUUCAUAAUCCUUAUACCAAUUAUACUACUCUCCUUCAAUGCAACAUUCCUUGAAGCACAAAGUGGGCAUCUUCCUCAAGAUGAAUUAAAUGCACUUAAGGAAAUAGCAGAUCAACUGGGGAAGAAGGAUUGGGAUUUUAGACUAAAUCCUUGUGAUAACAACUCCAACUGGUUGACACCACAAGGGAAAGAUAGGCCUUUGUACACUAAUAUUCUCACUUGUGAUUGCACCUUCCUUGGUGGUAUUUGCCAUGUGCAAAGCAUAAAUUUGAAGGGACAGGAUCUGCAGGGUGUCCUUCCUCCUGCCUUGGUGAAGUUACCCUUUCUCAAGAUAAUUGACCUCACCCGCAACUACUUAAGUGGUACAAUUCCCCUUGGAUGGGCUUCUAUGAAAUUGGAACUUAUAUGUGUUAAUGUGAAUCGAUUGUCUGGGCCAAUUCCGAAAUACUUGGGAAUCAUAACAACUCUUGUAUAUUUAAACCUGGAGAACAAUAUGUUCAAAGGAAGUGUUCCACCUGAGCUUGGGAAACUUGUAAACUUACAAAAUCUCAUUCUUAGUGCUAAUUAUCUCACAGGUGAAUUGCCAAAAGAACUUAAUGCCCUCACAAAAUUGAAGGAGUUUAGGCUCAGCAGUAAUAGCUUCACUGGGAAACUGCCUAGCUUUCAAACUUUCAAAAAUCUUCAACAAUUAGAGGUCCAAGCAAGUGGUUUUGAAGGGCCGAUACCUGAAAGUAUUUCUGUACUAACAAGCUUGAUAGAACUUAGAAUCAGUGACCUAAACGGAGGUGGUGUCUCCAGAUUUCCUACAUUAAAGUACACGACAAACAUGACAAAGCUGAUGUUGAGGAGGUGUAAUAUUUCUGGGAAAAUACCUGAUAUAGCUCACAUGACAAGCUUGCAACAACUAGAUUUGAGUUUUAAUAAUCUGGAAGGAGGGAUUGAUGGCCUUCAGGGUCUCGAUAAACUGCAGUACAUGUAUCUAAUGAACAACUCGCUUAGUGGACAAAUACCUCAAUGGGUUCUAAAUCGAGAUUCCAGAUAUUACACGGAUCUUUCUUUCAAUACUUUUAAGGAGAACUCGGCGUCGACAACUAUUUGCAACCGGGAAGCCUUAAACUUGUUCAAAAGCUAUAAUGGAGGAGAAAAUGAAAAAAUUGACGAGUGUCUAAAAAAUUGCACGAAAGAUUGGUAUUCAUUUCACAUCAAUUGUGGUGGAGGCAAUGUUGUGAUUGGUGACACUACUUAUGAUGCAGAUCAAGAUUCUACAGGCUUUGCAAAAUUUGUUUCCAAUAGAGAGAACUGGGUAACCAGUAAUACCGGAUAUUUUUGGGAUAAAACCAUAGGACUAUCUGACUAUACAACGACAAAUACAUCUGUCAUCAAGGAAAAAGACUCUCAAAUCUACCAGACAGCUCGCUUGUCCCCUUUAUCCUUGACUUAUUAUGGACGUUGUUUAGCAAAUGGAAACUAUACUGUGAAACUUCAUUUUGCAGAGAUAGUUAUGAGAGAUAAUAGAUCUUUUCAAAGUCUGGGAAGACGCGUAUUUGAUGUUUAUAUACAGGGCGAGAGGAAAUUAAAGGAUUUUAAUAUUGAAACUGAAGCACAAGGAGUUGAUAAAGCCUUGAUUAAACAAUUUCGAGCAGUUGUCAGAGAUAAAACUCUAGAAGUGCGCUUUGAGUAUGCUGGAAAAGGAACAACGUCGUCCCCAAGUAAAGGAACAUAUGGCCCUUUAAUAUCUGCCAUUUCUGUCGAAUCUGAUUUCGAGCCUCCCAAAAAUAUGAAGACUUUAAUUCUCAGUUUAGUUGCAGUAGCUUCUUCUUUAUCUCUUAUUUUCGUAAUUCUCAGUCUAUCUUGGUGGAAGUUCUACAUUAGAAACAAGACCUCACGGGAAAAGGAACUACGAGGCCUUGAUCUACAAACUGGCCUAUUUACCUUCAGACAAAUUAAAGCCGCCACAAACAAUUUUGAUGCUGCAAAUAAGAUUGGGGAAGGUGGUUUUGGGCCUGUCUACAAGGGUACAUUAUUGGAUGGUACAGUUAUUGCUGUGAAACAACUCUCAUCUAAAUCAAGACAAGGAUACCGUGAAUUUUUGAAUGAAAUAGGCAUGAUUUCAUGUUUGCAGCACCCCAACCUUGUGAAACUUUAUGGGUGUUGUGUAGAAAGAAAGCCGUUGCUGCUGGUGUACCAGUACAUGGAAAACAAUAGCCUUGCCAAUGCUCUUUUUGGUCCAGAAGAUCGACAACUGAAAAUAGAUUGGGCUACUAGACAAAGAAUUUGUGUCGGUAUUGCAAAAGGAUUAGCUUUCCUGCAUGAAGAAUCAACAAUAAAAGUUGUUCAUAGAGACAUUAAAACCGCCAAUGUGCUUCUUGACAAGGAACUCAAUCCAAAAAUUUCUGACUUUGGUUUAGCUAAACUUGACGAUGAUGAGAAGUCACACAUCAGUACAAGAGUUGCUGGGACAAUAGGAUACACGGCUCCUGAAUAUGCAUUGUGGGGCUACUUAACAUUCAAAGCUGAUGUCUAUAGUUUCGGAGUGGUGGCGCUAGAAAUUGUUGCUGGGAAGAACAACAUGAAAUUCCGCCCCGAUGACUACGUUUGCCUCCUUGAUUGGGCACUUGUUCUUCAAGAAAAAGGAAACCUAAUGGAGCUAAUAGAUCCAAGAUUGGGUUCCGAUUUUGACAAAGAACAAGCACUCAGAAUGCUCGAAGUAGCUUUGCUAUGUACUAAUUCUUCACCAGUCUUUAGGCCAUCUAUGUCUACCGUUGUUAGCAUGCUUGAAGGCAAUGGUGAUAUUCUCGAGUACAAAUCCGACAUACGUGAAUUAAAUUUCCAAGCCGUGUGAGUUCAUUAUGAAGAAAUGUCAAUAGGCUUAAGUGAUUCUCCCAACAAAGUAGACAUUUGUUCAUAAGCAAAUUAAUUGCGAAAUGUUAAAAAAAUAAAAGAAAUUGUAUUUUAAUGUUGUAUGAAUCAUUAAGAAACUAUGCAAACUAGUUCUAUGAAUCCUGCAUUUGCAAUACUACCAAGUAUCAAGUGCCAAUUAAAAGAAGUAUUUUGUCUUAACUAAAA